AUGGGCGCGAACGGCACAAAUCUGUUUCAACAGAAGGUGACUGUAGGAGCCCGCGAGCAGGGAGCGAUAUGCGGUGCAGCACUGGGGAACGAAUUCCACAAACUGCCUGACCAAACUUCAUCCAGCGUCAGCACACUGGGACACAACAAGUCAAUCAAGAAACUAAAGAAGGAGCAAGUACAGGUUUUACGGCACAAAUCCUCAUGCAAAACAGCUGACACCAAACCUGUCAAUAUUAUUACAGCACUGGAGUUGGUCAUUAAUCAGAGGGAUACGGCGGAGGAGACGAAGAGCCUUAUCCGACACCAAGUUUCGUCUAUCCUUAUGACCCAUAAUCCGCUCGAAAUACUCACAAAGGUUAAACACAAUGCACUAAGAGAACUCAAGGCCGACAAGGAUAUCGUCAUCGCACUCGCAGACAAGGGGCGUGCCACCGUCGUACUGAACAGAACAGACUACCUUCAGAAGGCCAAAAACCUCUUGGAGGAUCGCCAUUUUUAUGUCCCAUGCGAAACCGAUUCCCUUAAACGCUGA